CUGCUGUAAACCGGAUAUUACCGUGAAACUGAGGUCAGAAGUUCUCUCUUACAGCCAUCUUGGAUAUAACGUCCCAAGUCGCAACCAUGCCUGGCGAAGCCACAGAAACGGUCCCAGUCACCGAGCAGGAGAUGCAGCAGCCUCAAGUGGAGACCGCUGCAGAAGUAUUGAACUCCUCUGCUCCUCCGGAGAUGGCUGUUCCUGCAGUGAGCAAGGCGAUCCCUUCUGAGAAUCCUCCAGAAAGCUCUGCUCCUGCUCAAGACACUAGCUCUCCAGAAGAAAGUAACAUUCAGACCACAACUGAUCAGCCAAAUGGUGUAGAUGCAACUCAAGAAAUGGCCAAGCAAACAGAGGAGAUUAGGUCAGUGGAAACGGCUGUCUUACAGCAAGAGGUGACAGCUGACCCAGCAGGGGCUACUGCUGAUUUGCCAGUUCCUGAAGAGGCUGUACCUUCUGCUGAAACUCCCACUGCAUCCACAGAGGGGCCAAAGGCAGGAGAAGAAGCAGCUCCAACAACAGAGGCAAAAAGUGAGGAGGCAGUUGGGACAGCUGCUGAAACUCCUGUUGCAUCCUCAGAAGAGCCACAAGUGGGUGAAGAAGCGUCUUCAACCACAGAGGCACAAAGUGGGGAGCCAGCUGUUGCCAUUGCCGUUGUAUCCUCAGAAGGGCCACAAGCUGGGGAAGAAGUAGCUCCAACCACAGAGGCACAAAGUCAAGAGCCAGUUGUCGCCCCUGAAGAAUCACCCAACCAAGAGGUUGAGCCCACUUCUGUUGAGUCCAAGGCCACUGGAGAUGAGCUUAAAGAAGUUGCUGAAAAAAAUGAUGAUCCAAAUCCAUCUCCUCCCAAAGACGUCAUUGUGAACAGCGAAGAUGGGAAGUCUAACGAUUCCCUAAAGCCUGCAGUAGAAGACUCGACAAGUCUUUGCCUGGAAGCAGUUCAAGAUGAUGUGUUGCCCAAUAGUGCAAUUGUCGAUGUGGCUACUCAGAAUGAAAUUCCUGAGAAGGAGGAACCAGUUCCGCUUAUCUCAAAGGCCAUUCAGUCAAAGGGGACCUCCAAAUCUGAAGCCCCACUUCUUUCCACACACCACCUGUCAGGAUCCGGCACUGAGUCGGACAGUGAUGACUCAGUCCCUGAGCUGGAGGAACAGGACUCUGCACAGACACAGACGCAGCAAGCUCAGCUUGCAGCAGCUGCUGAAAUAGAUGAGGAACCCGUCAGCAAAGCCAAACAGAGCCGCAGUGAAAAGAAGGCACGAAAGGCAAUGUCAAAGCUUGGUCUCAGGCAGGUAACAGGGGUCACCAGAGUCACCAUUCGUAAAUCAAAGAACAUCCUCUUUGUCAUCACCAAACCAGACGUCUACAAGAGCCCUGCAUCAGACACAUACAUCGUCUUCGGUGAAGCUAAGAUCGAAGAUCUUUCCCAGCAAGCCCAGCUGGCUGCCGCAGAAAAAUUCAAGGUACAGGGAGAAGCUGUAUCAAACAUCCAGGAAAACACACAGACGCCAACAGUACAGGAGGAGAGCGAAGAAGAAGAGGUUGAUGAGACUGGAGUUGAGGUUAAGGACAUCGAACUCGUCAUGUCACAAGCCAACGUGUCACGGGCGAAGGCUGUACGCGCUCUGAAAAACAACAACAACGACAUUGUCAAUGCCAUUAUGGAGUUGACGAUGUAAUGGGAACCCUGGUAACAAAGGGUUGAAGAAAGGUUGCUGAUUUAAGCUCGUUUAUACAAUUUAUACCCAAGAUGGAAAUAAAGUUGUGGCUUGAUAAAAUGAAA